GAAUGUACUCCGUGCACAACACUGCAACACGUUACGUCAAGUAUAAAGUAAGGGCUGAGAGAUUAACCGAGUGAGUGAAAGUAACAAUUAGCAAAAGUGAAUUGCGAGUGGUUCGUCCAGGUUUUGCCCACCUUUGCUCCUUCCGAUUCAUAUCAACGGUGGGGAUUGUACGGCAGCAAACCUUUGACUCCGUACACGUAUUUCAUUCAUUUACGUCUGGGUGAGCGUAUUUCGUACGUUACGUAUUAAAGUAUUAAACCGCAUACGUUAUUAUAGUACGUGUAGCUGAUUGCGAGAGGAAGAAGGAGGAGAAGCCGUGAGAAAUGAAACCUGGAUAAAUAAUUUACUUUCAGUUACUUUGGAGCGGUUCGUUCGUCGGGACGUUUGUUUUAUAUACCGUAAAAUAUCGUAUCCGUGGAUCCGAAGAUGGCCUGGACGAAUAUCGAUCGGAUCGCACCUUUGACGAUCCUGUUAUCACUCCUCGUCGGGGUGAAUUUAGUUUUUUGUUUUCCCGACGGAGCCCCCGUCGACGCCUGCGUAAAACCUCGCCCCAAUCAACCCUAUCACGGCCAAGCCAGGCCACAGCCACGGGAAACGAAUCCCUACACGAUAACGGCGUCCUCCGCCGAAUACGGACCUGGUUCGCAGAUAACUGUGACCAUCGAAGGGGCAGCUUUCAAGGGAUUCUUUAUCCAGGCGAGAGACGCUCAGACCGACAAUUGGAUCGGGUCCUGGGCCCAGACUCCGAACACAAACACUCACGCCGAGUGCAGUGCGGUGACCCACGCCGAUCCUCGGGACAAACAGCAUGCGACUCUGAUAUGGAACGCGCCCCACGAUGCUCGAGGUCGCGUGUACUUUACGGGAACCGUGCUGAAGGAUUACGGAACUUUCUGGUCUGACUGGAGGCUGCCCGAAAAUCCCCCGGCUCGUUUCGGAAAGUAGAAAAUAUUACUGACCUCUGAAACUGGAGCUUACUCUUUCUUUUUGCCUUUUAAUUUUCUCGAACAUUGUCAGUGUCACGAGUCGAAGGGCCGUUAAUUAUUGGUACAAUGUCAAGGUGGGCGAAGUCGAGGUAUCACAUUUAAAACGCAAUAGAGGUUCGAUGCUGUGAAUUCGAAAAAAACCGACAGAAAAUUGAACGGCCUAAUUCGAGCUUGCGUGUCAUUCAAUUAUUUAUGUAUAUAUUAAACAAAUGAAGAGUGUGAGGCCAAUUCUC